UAAAUGAAAAGAAGGCAACGCAGAUAUGUUAAUGAAUAGAGUGGAUACAACCAAAUUGUUCUAUUAUUUCAAUAAAACAUGGCUUGUGUUCUUAAAUGAUUUAAUGUGGUAAUGUUAACAGAAGUGUGAUAAAAAAUAGCAUUAAAGGAAUAUAUACAUCACAAAAUGUUUAUAAUAUCUUCAUUAAAUAUUUGAUUUUACAGUUGUUGCUAUUGCUGUUCGAAUGUGUGUGUAUGUGUACGUUUAAAUGCGGGCUCUGGCUGGGGUGGUUGGUCUUCAACGACAAUGGCUUUUAGUUGGUUUUUAAACUUGGUCGUGAGAGGGUAGUAAGCAAAGCAAGCCAGACCUAAAAACGCAAAUAGUGAAAAUAAAAAAUAAGAAACAACAACAAAACCAAGUGAUAUUACAGACCCAGUGUUGAAAACCAAAUUGAAAAAAUUACAACGGGAAAUUUGACAAGAACAAAAAAAGUAAAGAAACAAAUAGAAUUUAAAAUUCAAAUAAAAACACAAGUCCAAAGAUCAAUGAUCAGCAACAAUCAAGGCAUUUAAAAAUUAAUGAAUUAAAAAUAAAUCUGAAACAUUAAAAAAAAAAAACAUAAAUCUUAAUUAAGAAGAUUUUCAAAUAAAGUGAUUUAAAUAUUUCUAUAACUUCUUAACAUUGAUGAGUGGUAAAAGUUCGCCCAACAACUUAAACUCUCCACCCACCUCGACGACCACUAGUAAUUUUGAUUUGGCUUAUCAGCGAUCCUCUAAAGAGAUGAGUGCUAGCGCCGCCGCCUCAGCCGCCGCUAUAGCCUUGGCUUUGGAUCUUAAACCCAAAAAUCCCAUCACUGAUACCACUCAACCUCUCUUGCUGCAGCAUCAAACUCACCAGCAACAGCAGCAGCAACAACAACAACAACAGCAGCAACAACAAAAGAUUAAAAAAUUGGUACGACGCAAUGCCUCCGAUAAACUCAAACUCAUCCAGAUGGUCCAUGAUAAUCCCAUUUUAUGGGAUUCACGUUUACCCAAUUUCAAGGGUGCCGAAGAGGAAAAGAAUCGUGCUUGGGAACAGAUUGGCAAAGAGUUUAAUGCGCCCGGCAGGCGGGUGGCGCGUGCGUUUAAAUCUCUUAGAGAAUCUUAUCGCCGCGAGCUGGCCCAUGUCAAGUUAAUGGGCAGCAAUUUCAAACCCAAAUGGAGUCUCUACGAUGCCAUGGAUUUUCUAAGAGAUGUUAUACGUGAAAGAAAGUAAGUGGUAAUUUUUAAUUAUUUUUUUCAUUUAUUAAU